AAAGCAAAAAAAUCAAAAGGAUAUUGCCAGAAUGUAUCGAAAUGUCUUAACGGUUCUAUCCGCUCAGCUGCAGCAGCAGGUGAACCGGGCAUUGAAGCGCUUCGUCAGCUGCACGGCUGCUCAGCUGCCGCGGCCACUGGCGCCCGGGCACGAGGAGGCAAACGUUGUGAGGCACGAGCCAUAUGUGGAGGAGGUGCGCCUGGUGCGCAUAUUCCUAGACUUUAAGCUGUAUAAACUGGAACUGGGACCCGAUACGCUGGUCGCUUUAACCGCGCAGGAGGCAGCGCUCUAUAUGAAGCAGCUGUUGGCUAUCCGGCGCCUGGAGGCGGCAUCUGAGCAGCUGUACAAGGAGCGUUUGGUGCGCGGCUUCUGUCAUCUGUCGACCGGACAAGAGGCGUGCGCCGUCGGCCUGUGCUCCGCUCUACGCAAAGAGGAUAAUCUGGUCGCCGGCUAUCGCAUUCAUGGACUGGCCUACUUGAUGGGCGCCACGGCCAAGGGUGUGCUCAGCGAGCUCACUGGCAAGGCGAGCGGCUGUGCCCAGGGAAAGGGCGGCUCAAUGCACAUGUAUGCGCCCAACUUCUACGGCGGCAAUGGCAUUGUGGGUGCUCAGGUGUCGCUGGGCGCGGGCAUUGCCCUGGCCAAUAAAUAUCGGGGCACCGGGGGCAUCUGUUUCGCUUUGUAUGGCGAUGGGGCUGCGAAUCAGGGCCAGAUCUUCGAGUGCUUCAACAUGGCGAAGCUGUGGAAGCUACCGAUGGUCUUUGUCUGCGAGAACAACAACUAUGGCAUGGGUACAAGUGCCUGGCGUUCCUCCAGCAACACUGACUAUUACACUAGAGGCGACUUUCUGCCCGGCAUCUGGGUGGAUGGGCAGGAUGUUUUGGCCGUGCGCAGUGCCACACGCUUUGCCAUCCAGUAUGCCCAGCAACGGGGGCCUUUGGUUAUGGAGCUGUGCACCUAUCGCUAUGCGGGCCAUUCCAUGUCCGAUCCCGGCACUAGCUAUCGCACACGCGAGGAGGUGAGUCAGGUGCGCCAGCGUCAGGAUCCCAUCAAUCGGUUCCGCAAGGUCUGUCUCGACAUGUCACUGCUCUCCGAAAAUCAACUGCGCAUCAUCGAUCAGAGCGUGCGCGAGGAAAUGGAACAGGCGAUCCAGGCGGCCCGACACGAUGCGGAGCUGCCGCUGUCACAUCUCGCCAACGAUGUCUACUCGGGCAACUGUGCCGAGCUCAAGCUCCGCGGAGUACACGGCCACGACUUGGAGCAUGCUCGCAGCAAAGCCACCAGCAUGCAUAACUAAUCAUGUUUUUCCUGUGAAACGGACAAAGUAUCUCUUUAUAGCAAAGCGUACCAUGAAUAAAUUUCUUACUUUA